AUGCUACUUGCAUCUACUGCACGAUCCCUCUUCUCACUUGAAGGUGAUAAGCACUCACUCUAUCCAUCCAAGUCACAAGAAUGUGAUCAGUUCAAGUCUCAUGUGCGCAAAUUGCUCUGGGUUGCCUAUGCUAUCGAUAAAGAACUAUGUCUACGUACUGGUCGUCCUCCCACUUUACCAGAUGAUGAAUGCGAUCUUGACCUUCUCGAUGUGUCAUGUCGCUAUGAAAAUGGACCGAAAAAUUUGGGACUUAUAGGAUUUUUCCCUACCCAUCUUCCACUCAGCAUGCUUCAGUCGCAUAUAUAUACCGAGCUAUAUUCAAUAAAAGCACAGAGAAAGUCAGAGACAGAGCUACUGAUGUCGAUCCGAGAGCUUGAUCGCGGGUUAGAGGAAUGGAGGAAUGCGAUUUCCGUCGCUGAGCACCAGGUCUAUAAUGAUAUAACCGAAUCAGAAUAUAGGCUCAAAUUACAUACUCGAUUUGAAUUGCUACAAAUGCAGCAUCGUUAUUGUGUGAUUGCAGUCCAUCAAUCUGUCAGUCGCUGUAGGCUACACAUCAAUGAGCAAAACUUGAAGAUCUCCAUGGCUGGGAUUGAUUCGAGCCUUCAAGUUGCUGUCAAUGAAAGCCGCUUGCUGUUGGAGAACAUCAACACAGCAAACACUGGAUUUAGGUUUGACCGUGACACCUUUUGGUAUGUGAUUCAGAGAGGUUUUAUUGUUCAUAUUCCAAAGCUAUCAGCUCUCUUCGUCGGAAUGUUUUCUCACAAUGGAACCGAACUCUAG